CGGUCAGUUAAUCAGUUUUCCUCGUUGGCUCACUCCGCCCGCCGCCUCAUUUUGUUUGUCGCACGAUGGUGAAUACGUGUUUACAUUGAAAACUUUUCGGAAACAAAUCGUUGGUUUAUAUCUAAUGUGCCGUGUUGUGUUCUAAAACUAUUUUAAUAUAAUCAACAUGCAGUUGAACGUGAUAAAAUUUGUGUUACUAACAUUAACGCUGUGCUACGGACAAAAUAUUCCAAAUAUACCCAACGUGGUGGAUCUACACAAAGGACUCACAGAGAAGAUCGGCAAUUUCUCGAUUGAAUUCCUGUAUCACACGUCUCAGUUGCAGCCGAGAACUUCGAAUCUUAUUGCAUCGCCGAUCACAGUGUGGACGGUUUUAGCAGUCACUGCUGAAGGGGCAGCGGGUGAAACACUCAACCAAAUCAACAAUGUUAUACGCGUGACAGCGAAAAAUCGGGACCUGGUGCGCAAUGAGUACAAGGACAUUGUGAAAUGGCUUCAAGUUAAAACGGGUACUGUAGAACUUGCAAAAGUUAACGCUAUGUUCGUAGACCUAGCAGGCCUCCCUCUAAAGGACUUCAUAGACUCGGCAAAGGCUAACUAUGACACUGAUGUUGUUCCUCUAAACUUCGCAGAAUCUGAUGUAGCAUCUGAUUUAGUGAACAGGGUUAUUUCUAAUGUGACCCACGGCAGGAUACCAAAAUUAGUUGACAGCAGCUAUUUCACCAACUCACAUUUAAUUUUAACCAGCGCUGUAUAUUUCAAAGGACAGUGGACAAUACCUUUUAACGCGUCUUCCACAAGAAAGAGUCCAUUCUAUAGUAGUGAUGGAAAACAAAUCGGCGAAGUGAACAUGAUGCACAGUACUUACACUUAUCCAUUUGCAAAUAUACCUGAGAUAAAAGCCAGAAUAUUGGAAUUACCAUAUGGAACUGAAAACCGUCUUUCCAUGGUCAUCAUGUUACCACAUACUGGAGUUUCAUUAGACAGCAUGUUUCUAAAUUUCAAUAACUUCACAAUAGAUAGAAUGUUUGAAGAGUUAAAGAUUGCCCGAGAAAAUUAUGGUGACGAUGAGGUCAGUUGCUUCCUUCCAAGGUUCAAAAUUGAAUCAAACCUAGAUCUCACACCCAUUUUGAGAGACAGAUUAGGUAUUGUUGAUCUCUUUGACAUCUCCAAAGCAAGACUGUACCGUAUGGCAAGAAUGCCUUUAUAUGUUUCAAAGAUUAUUCACAAGUCAGAAAUAGAAGUAUCCGAACAAGGUACUGUUGCUAGCGGAGUCACUGUUGCCGAUUUCAGCAAUCGUUUCGGAGUUAUAACUUUUAAUGUAAACCGACCAUUCAGUUACAUGAUAAUAGAAAAAGUUACCAAUACCAUAGUAUUCGGUGGAAUCUAUCAAGAGCCAUCAUUAUUUUAAAUUAGCAUUUAUAUUGGUAAAAAUCAUUUUAAAUUCAACUUAUCUGUGAUGUUAACCUUCAUACAAUGUUUCUGUCUCUCUGGGUUUUAUGUUUAAUUUACAUAAUGUCACAACAUUCUGUAUGAUAAAUGCAGACUUAGGAUAAGGUUAAAAUAUUUCAUCUUUUGUAAAUG